GUCAAACACAUCAGGCAACUCCAUCAACAAGUCUUGUGAGCUGUCACACGGUUUUCCAAUUUGUUCUUUAAGAAGUGUCUGACGAAAGCAAGUAGAAUUGAUAUGAAACUCUGCCCUGAUGUGCUUUGAUGCCGUUAACCCUGUUUGGAAAUAACGAAGUGACUCCAAACUAAAGUAGAUUCACCGCUCACAAGAUACAAAUAACCGCAACGGACUAGCCCACGUCAGUGUCUCUCCACCACCCGACCUCUGUUGAUGCCGGUCAUCGAAAACUGAUAAAAAGUUCACUUUUUCUGAAUAAAAACGCGUAGGAAUGACCUUGAUCCGGGAAAAUGAAUACAAGUGGUAUGAAAAGCUAGCGUUCAAUGUAAUAAAAUGCGGUCCGAUCCCGCGGCAUAUUGCCAUCAUUAUGGAUGGCAACCGUCGAUUCGCCAAAACCGAAAAUAUUGAAAAAAUCGAAGGGCAUUCGCGAGGAUUCGACAAACUAUCGGAAUGUCUGGGCUGGUGCUUGGAACUCGGGGUCAAGGAGGUGACGGCAUUUGCAUUUAGCAUAGAAAAUUUCAAGCGAAGCCCCGAGGAGGUGUCGGCUCUGAUGGACAUAACCAAAGUGAAGUUCCAGAAACUGCUUGAGGAGAAAGAACGUUUGCACGAGAAUGGGGUUCGAAUACGUAUCCUGGGCAACUUAGCACUCCUGCCUGAAGAGCUGCAGCAACUUAUGUCGGAAGCUAUGCUGAUGACUGAGCAAAAUAACAACUUGUUCCUGAACAUCGCUUUCGCGUACACAUCGCGGGAAGAGAUCACAAACGCGAUUCAAACAAUCUGCCAGGAAGGGGGUAACCUCGAGGAAGAAGACAUCACGGAGGAGCUGGUAGCGCAGUGUCUGUAUACCAAAGAUAUCAAAAAUCCGGACUUGCUGAUACGAACUUCAGGGGAGAGCCGGCUGAGUGAUUUUCUGAUGUGGCAGCUUUCUUCGACGGUUCUCUACUUCCCAAAAACUUUCUGGCCGGCAAUCACAAUUUGGCACCUCCUGUACGGGAUAUUCUGCUAUCAGCGGUCCCUGCUCAGCAUUUCAGGCUACAAAACUGCGAUCGAGCAAUCUUCCGUGAAAUCGCAGAGCGGCAUGUCAGACCGAGCCAAGAUCUUUCUGCACAACGUCGACAUGAAGCGUCGCGACCGCUUGGUUCGCCUGAGUAGCGCAAAACACAAAGGCGACUGAGGAUAUCUCGAACAGAUAUUCCAAAAAUACACACAUUCACCCUUAUUUAAGCAUAAAAAUAUCGACUGAGUUGUUACUUGGACCUAGGAAGCAAUUUUAAGACAAUUUACUGUACAUAAACGUUUGAUUAUGUCAUAAAGAAGUGGAACCUGUUAGAAAAUGGUAAAGUUAGCUAUGGUAGGCGCAAUCUUGCGAGAUGGAAUUGAAAAGCGUUGAAUAAAAUUCAACUUCCAGAUAAA